AGAGGGUAGCGAGUUGUUUGUUCUGUGCUUGUUUAGGUUCGCCGCGUGAUACAAUGACGGAGGAAGUUCCUGCUGCGCCCGCCGCUGCGCUCCCAGCUGUCAAGGCCCCGGCGAAGAGAACUAAGAAGGCUGCGGGCGCCGCCAAGCCCUCCGGCCCCAGCGUGACGGAGCUGCUGACCCAGGCGGUGUCCGCCUCCAAGGACCGCGGCGGGGUCUCUCUGGCGGCCCUCAAGAAGUCGCUGGCGGCUGCGGGCUACGAUGUGGAGAAAAACAACAGCCGCAUCAAGCUGGGCCUCAAGAGCCUGGUGACCAAGGGGACUCUGGUGCAGACCAAGGGCACGGGCGCCUCGGGCUCCUUCAAGCUGAACAAGAAGCAGGCGGAGACCAAAGACAAGGCGGCCAAGAAGAAGCCGGCUGCUGCUACCGCCGCCGCCAAGAGCAAGAAGCCCGCCGCCAAGAAGCCCGCCAGCGCCGCCAAGAAAGUGAAGAAGGCGGUGGGGGGCGCAGGGGCCAAGAAAAGCGCUAAGAAGGUGGCUAAGAAGCCUGCAGCCAAGAAGCCCAAGGCGGCUAAAGCCAAGAAAGCGGCGAAGAGCCCCGCCAAGGCAAAAGCUGCGAAGCCUAAGGCGAAGCCCAAGACCCCUAAAGCGAAGGUAGCCAAGCCCAAGAAAGCGGCGGCCAAGAAGAAGUAAAAAUUGCCCCAACCCCCAACUGGUCUUUGUGCGAGAGGCGCUCCUUAAACCCCCAAAGGCUCUUUUAAGAGCCACCCAACAGCUCAUGAGAAGCGCUGAUUUGCACGGGUUCCUGGCUUUGUAGAAUACAGUGAUAAAGAGCUGGGUGGGAUCUGAAUGACAACUGCACGAUCUUUUUCAGAACUUCCGGUUUCGCUAAUUUCAUACACUUCCACGCAGGUAGUUCUCAUUUGCUAUUUUUUUUUUUUACCGCCCCCUUCCAAGCAGCUAUAUUUGUGACAGGGCUUUUAAAAUGUUUCAAGCGUG